AUGAAGUUGCUAAGAAUACUUCUUGUUCUAACGAUCAUAUGGAUUCAAAUUUCCCAAAAUUUAGCCAAGAACGAGGAGAGUGACGUCAUACAAAACGGUCAUAUCGCCGUACCUCGAAACGUUUUGCAAAAUCACCAACCAAAUAGCGAUGAAAAUAUAAAAUCGGAUAUAAGAAGAUAUAAAAAAUAUAAAAAGGACGCGAACUAUAGGCUCCGUCGGCGAGGAAUUUAUGAAACAGACGAAAUACUGGAUGAUAAUCUUUUCGAUUCGUAUUUACCCAAAAAAACCUACAAGGGUCCAAAAGAACGUCUAAACAAGACACCUACAAAAUUGCUUAAAUUGGACGAUAACCAAGUGCAACUUUUGAAAUUUGGUACCGAUCCAAAAGCAAUAUAUUUAUAUUUGCCCUUCGAAAUGACAAAAACAAACAUCUUU